AUGACCUACCCGACUCUAGAUCAGAAGCUUGUCACCUCGGUGUCCGAGUACGUCAAGCAGUACAUGGCCAAGUAUGACGGCUCACAUGAUUUCAACCACAUCCAGAGAGUCUCUGGACUGGCGCGUCACAUCUAUGCCCAAUCCCCCAACCGAGAGGCACUCGAUUUCCAGACCAUCGUCCUCAGUGCUCUCCUGCACGAUGUGGGCGACAAGAAGUACUUGAAACCUGGUGAGGAUGCCUCGACUCUGGUCCAAGAGCUGCUCUUGUCCUAUGGUGCCGACGAGCAGCUUGCACAAAAAGUACAAGCCAUUUGCCUCGGUGUCAGCUACUCCAGCGAGGUCAAGGAUCCAGCCAAGGUGCAGAACUUGAUCAAGCAAUAUCCCGAGCUGGCCGUCGUUCAGGACGCUGACCGCCUGGACGCCAUUGGCGGCGUGGGCAUUGGCAGAUGCUUCACCUUUGGAGGUGCCAGAACUGAGCGAGCCAUGGACGACACCGUCAAGCACUUUGACGAGAAGCUCGUCCGUCUUCAAGGCAUGAUGAAGACGGACGUCGGCCGUCAACUGGCCAAGGAAAGGACGGAACGACUGAUUUUGUUCCAGAAGUGGUGGGACGAGGAGACGGCUUUUGCGGCUGCGUCUCCCAUUCCAUCAUGA